AUGUCUGCCAAUCGCGGUCGGAGUGACGACGCGGCGUCGAGUCCCAGCGCUGUACAACGCCAUCCUUUCACACGGACACCCUCGACCGAGCCACCACGCUUCCACCUUCCUCGCGAAUCCACUUCCGCUCUGCAGCAGAGACAGGAUCUCGACGACACAUUGGCGGUUGAUCUCGGCUCUGGAUCGUCUGGUGACCAGGGAUACGUCUCGGUCAAUGCAUCUGCGUCUCGUCCAUCCGCUGCUGGGCCUUCAUCGUCGAAGUACUGGCCAGAACCUUCCAGCGCACAUUCCAGUGCAGCCUCUUAUGCCGGCAACAACACCUCAGAGCAGGACAGCUAUCAUCUCGACAGUCGAUCUGGUCCCCAAGUCAGAACCGCAAGACUGCACAGCAAGUCGAACGGCUACUCCUCUUCCACCGACGGCGACGUCGCGCCCUUGGCAUCCACCUCACGCACAGGUGCCGCAGCGGCCACAAAUGGUGCUCGCAUACCUCCACCCCUCGUCGGGGUCAAUCUCACCGACCAGCAGAUCGCCGACAUGACCGAAUCUGACCACUCAGAAUACGACGACAAUGCCAAGCUGCGGCGCGCCAGACGAGGUAGCGGUGCAGAUCCCAGCGCUUCGUCCAUGUUCAGCUCCAUCACCAGAGGCCUUCGCGGCGAGCCGUUCUGGACCAAGUCGAGCUCAUCUUACGCGCCGCUCCCUGCAACCCGCUCACGCAGCCUCAAAAAGUCCAAGUGGAAUCGCAACGCAGUCAAGACGGACAAGGCGUUGUACACCAACACCUCCAAGGAUCGCAACCGUGGUCGAAGGGCCGCCUCAAUAUGGACCAAGCCGUUGACCAUGAUUGCAGCCUUCUUCAGCAAAGUCUUCCGGACCACCUUUGGACCCAUCCAUCCGAUCACCAUGCUCUUGGCGUUGAUAUUCAUAGCAAGCUUCGUCACCACCGUCACAAAGCUCAUCAUUUACAUCCUCAAUCCAGACAAGGAGCCCAAGAUGUGGCGCAUCUACUGUCAGGAGCAGCCGAACUUCCCGCACGCGUAUGCCGAUGCGCUCGCUCCCGUCGACGUCUUUGUCGGUAUCUUCAGCAUCGAUAGCGCCUACGAGCGUCGUCACGUCAUUCGAAGCACAUGGGCAACGCACACGCUCCCCGUCGAUCCGCAUACCGGCAUGCCCACCAGCAACGUGCAAGUCAAAUUCAUCAUCGGCAAGCCGCGCCAAGCGCAUGCGAGGCGGGUUGCGCUCGAGAUGGAGACGUUCAACGACCUCGUGGUGCUGGACAUGAACGAGAACAUGAACAGGGGAAAGACGCAUGCCUACUUCCAGUGGGCCGCAGAGAACGCCACGGUGCCUUUCCUGCGCGCCGUCGAGCAUGAGCAGCAACAGCAGCAGCCAUCCGUCGGAGACGUGCUGCUCGGUGAACGUGGAUUGCAUGGCAACGGUCAUGGGCAGACACGCGAGGUGCUCGGAGGCGUCGCUGACGAGGCGCAACGCUACCAGGUGCUGUGGAAGAAGGCCGACUACGUGGUCAAGGUCGACGACGAUGCCUACGUCGUGCUGGAGGAACUGGAGCGCCAUCUUCGAGUCGCCCCUCGCCAGCUGACCUACUGGGGCUAUUUGGUUCGAAAUUGGUUCAUGGCAGGCGAGGCCUAUGCGCUGUCGAGCGACUUGGUGCAGUACGUCGCGCAUUCGGAGAACGUGCUGCAUUACAUCAAGGGCAAGGAGGACAAAAAGGUGGCGCAGUGGAUCAACCUGCAUCCGAACCGAUCCAACAUUCACUGGGUCUCGGAGCGCUGCUGGAUCUACGAUCAUCCCAAGGCAGGCACCGCCUAUUCGCACGGCUUCCUGUUCCCGGACUACGUCGAAAAGAUCAAGCUGGAGGGACGACGCGGGCUUACGGAUCAGGAGAUUGCGCGGCGUGGCGGCGAACAUCGCGCCAAAUCGUACUCGACGGUCUCGCGGUGGCACUUGCCGUACGUCGAGCCACGCAAUGACCUGACCAUCGAGGAGGAGGUGGAAGCUCUGGUGGAGGGUGGAGGUCGAUGGGCUGGUACCUGGGUCCGAGGCGAGGAGGGAAACGAUACGCAGAUCUGGGUGCCAUGGGAGCAGAUAGUGUUUGAAGCCGACGACGAGCGGCUCAAAUCACCCAUGGUCAACGAUCUUGGAACUCACCCUGCCCUGGCCGAGCAGAUUGGCAUCGAUCCUGCCUCCGGCCUGACGGUGCGACACAUCAACAGCCUCACCCCGAAACCGCUCGAAACUCUGAUCAAGGCGGACGGCGACCAUCAGCAGCAGCCACCGUGGCGAAAGCGGGAUCUCCCUUUUCUUGCGCAUCUGCCAUCCGUGCCCGGCUUCGACUUUGGCGCUGGUGGCGUGUCGCGUAGUGCCGCCGAGGAACGAAAGCGGUCGUUCGCCAACGCAGCGACUCAGCCUCGCAUGAUACCCCUGCCAACGCACAAGGAUGGCAACGGCGAAGCAGAAGAACUGCGAAAUCGCCGCUACCUCGGGCGACGAUUCGGUGGAACCGUGGUGGUGCACUACCUGAAGAAGAGCGAGUGGUUCUACGAAACGGCAUUGGCGCUUUCAGGACGCGGCCGGUUUUGGCCGGAUGGUGCGGGUGGGCUAGGCAGCGAGUGGAGGAUGUAUGGCAGUCCACUCGUGCGUCACGAGGACGGCUACAUCAGCGGAGGCCGCAGUCAGCCCCGUCCGGAUAUGGAGGUGGCCUAUUUGCAGCAGGCUAGAAGGCAAGCCCAGGCGAAUGCAGCGCAGGCGGCCCAGGCGCAGGGUGGCCGGAUGGGCAGCUUUACCAAGUCCAAGCCAGCAGGACCUCCAGCAGCGCCAGCACAGCCGCCGCCUCCACCGGCAGAGCAGCAGCAGCAGUCGCAGCACAGCUGA